CGUUUCCCAACCGGAAGUGAGGGGGGAACGGUCCAGCCAGCCGCAGCUUCCCCCCCCCUCCCCACCGCCGCCCGGAGGAGAUGUGAUUGGGGGAGUGGGCGGGGUUCGCCUUCUCAUCCACCCGGGAGGUUGGCGAGGAAGGAGCGUGCGUGGAUGUCCCGCAGCACAUCCACCUUCAAAAUGGCUUCGAGGGGAACAAUCGAGACCAGCAAGUUGAAGCAGAACUUGGAAGAGCAGCUGGACAGGCUGAUGCAACAGCUGCAGGAUUUGGAGGAGUGCAGAGAGGAACUGGAUGCCAGCGAAUACGAAGAAACCAAGAAGGAGACUCUGGAGCAGCUGAGCGAGUUCAACAAUUCCUUGAAAAAAAUUAUCUCUGGCAAUAUGACCUUGGUAGAUGAGCUGGGUGGGAUGCAGCUGGCUAUACAAGCAGCCAUUAGCCAGGCUUUUAAAACUCCAGAAGUCAUCAGGAUGUUUGCCAAAAAACAGCCUGGGCAGUUGCGGACAAGAUUGGCUGAGAUGGACAGAGACCUGAUAGUGGGGACACUGGGACGAGAUCUCUACACUCAGCAGAAGGUGGAAAUCCUCACGGCACUCCGGAAGCUGGGAGAACAGCUGACCCCCAAUGAUGAAGCUUUCCUGUCAACAAACGCAGGAACUGCCCUCAGCCAGUUUGAGAAGGUUUCGACUGAUCUCGGAUCUGGAGAUAAAGUCUUCGCCCUGGCAAGCUUUGAGGUAGAAAAAUCAAAGCAAUGAAGACUCUUCUUUUUUUUUUUUCUUUUUUUUUUUUUUUAGAUGCAUUGGACUUUUUUUUAAUCACGUUGCAUUUGUGUGUUUCUUACCAAUCUUUUGUAAUAUUUGUUAUUCUAACAGUGAGUUGAUCUAAAACAUGUCGUAGCCUUUUCAGAGUCGGCAACCCACGUCUUGCGGCUGAAACACAGAGGUACUUUCUGAAAAACAGAAACACGAUGUUCCUAAUUUGCUGCUGCUGUCAGCUUUUGUGCAGGGCUGAGAGGUUGGCUCUCUCACCUUCUGUGUCUUUCGGAUGCACUCCGACUAGUAAAGUUGUUGCACGCGAUGAGCCUCUUUAGUGGGCCUUCAAUCUCAACAGCUGCAUAUGUUGAAUUACGUGCAGAAAAUCGAUCCUACUUAUUUAACUGACCCAUUUUUAAAAAAAUGGGGAAUAGGGGUUGUGGAACACAGCAAUCCUUGGUGGAAGUCAUGCCUCUCUAAAAUCCGAGAUUGCCGACAAGCCGACCGCCUAUUCUUCUAGCCUGUUUGAUGUGACCGGGUAUGGCUGCACAGCAAAGACUCGGCUGGCAAACAAUAGCACCCCUGUAAGGAAUUUUCUGGGCCAGUUUAACUUUGUGCAUCAGAAUGACAGCGAGCACAGUGGGAAGCAGCCGAAAGACGCGGGGCUUCUGGCUUGCCUUGUGCAGCUUGUAGCGUGACAGACUAUAAGCUAUUGUUCUUCCUGUAUGUUCUAAGGGCAGCAUGAAAUAGUGUCCUAAAUAGAAAUAAGGGGCUGUAGGGGGCCUUCCCUGUACAAGUGGGCUGCGCCGUUUCCUGAACAGAGAUUUCUGUGCCCUGCCUUUGUUAGACCUCUCAAACUGUUGCUUGGGUAUGAAGAUUUUAGCCUGAAUUAUUCAACAUUAUGAAUAUGUUGCAUUUUCAACACUGCUCGCCUUGAACCUUGGGAAAUGAAUCAAUUAGAAAACUAUCAUCAGCUAAAUGUGUCUUCUGCUCCAAGCAGCCCACUCAAAAACAAAAGGUGUUGCUAUUACUGCAUCUACCUUUGGGCCCUUCCAACUAAACCUGUCAAGUAGCCAGUUGAGAGAAGCUCUAAUUAAAAUAGAGGCAGAGGGAUUUCGCUUGCCUUACAAAUGUCCAUCUGUUUUGGAGGAUGGUGCCUGUGCCCAAAAACAUCCCCCCAAAGGGAAACCCAGUUCCCAUGUUGCUACUAAGCCAUGCUAUGGUUGGUGGGGUUUUGCUUAGCCCUGUCACCUGAGACUUGGUCAACAAGGUAAUUGAUCCAAGCUUUAGCAGUGUUUCUCAACCUUGACAA